AUGAUUCGCCCCUUCCCUCUUGUCGCCGUCUUCGCCAUGCUGGCCACCUUCUGCCUGUCAACAACAUCCGCCAUCCCAGUCGCCAAGCGCGAUGUCACCUCAACAGCCGAAUGUGUUCAGGGACAUUGGGAGCUGGUCAGGGAUCUCUUGCGCAAAUUGCCUGAGGCUGAAAAGGGAAAUGUCACUGAUCUGUUUGAAGGGAACGAGCCUAUCACCACCGCCCCGAGUGUUGACGAUAUUAAAACAGGCCUGGAUGAUCUCAAAAAAUACAACAGCGACAUAUUCCUCACGUUUUUGGCACUUGUUAAAUGCGACCAAGUCUAA